AUGUCGCUCUCAGAAGCGCGGCCCGCAAAGCGAGCACGCCAGGCUUGCUUAACCUGUCGGUAUGUUACGGAUCUGGAUUUGGAAAAACGCGUGGUUAACUUUGAUAAAUCGAAUUACAGUCGAAAGAAGACAAGAUGCCCGGGCGAGAAACCCGUGUGUUCGUUCUGCAUGCGACUUGGUCAGACGUGCACGUAUGGAGGUGUCGAAGUAGAGGAGCGAGUACCGGAUUCAAAAAGCCGUCUUACCAAACGUGUCUCUGAGUUGGAGAGCGAGCUCAAGAGGCUUGCCGAUUAUGUCAAGCAUACUUCGACGGAGCCAAACAGAAGUCAAAGUCUGCCGACAGUGCAAGAACCAAAUGCUAGUCCUAGUUUCGGACCACACGAAAUAUCUCGUGAUGCAUCACUCGAGUGA